AUGGCUACUUCAAUCCGUUCCAUCCGAGCCCUCGCUCCUCUCCUGGACCGUGUCCUCGUCCAGCGCGUCAAGGCCGACACCAAGACGGCCGGCGGGAUCUUUCUCCCCGAGUCGAGCGUCGAGAAGUUGAACGAGGCCAAGGUCCUGGCUGUCGGGCCUGGCGCCAUGGACAAGCAGGGAAACCGCUUGCCCAUGGGCGUCGCUGUCGGCGACCGGGUCUUGAUUCCCUCGUUUGGCGGCUCGCCCGUCAAGGCGGGCGAGGAGGAAUACCAGCUGUUCCGCGAUAGCGAGAUUCUGGCCAAGAUCAACGAGUAG